AUGAUGUCUUUAACGAAACGUAAACGUUCUGGGGAAAAGGAAGUAUUACUAGAAAAUGGUGAAACUAAUACUGGACGCAGUGAUAUUAAAGGGGAUGAAAUAAAUAUUGCCGUUUUGUUGUUUCUAUAUACACUUCAAGGCAUUCCUUUAGGUUUGGCUGCAGCAAUACCCAUGUUACUUCAAAACAGAGGCAUUACAUAUACACAACAAGCAGAGUUUAGCUUUGUUAACUGGCCAUUUAGUGUAAAAUUGCUUUGGGCUCCUAUAGUUGAUGCUCUCUUUUGGCCUGAAUUUGGAAGACGGAAGACUUGGCUAGUGCCUGUUCAGUAUCUCAUUGGUAUUGUGAUGAUUAUUAUGUCUAGUAGUAUCACGGAAUGGUUGGGCUCUGAAGAACAGGCCCCUGCUAUGAUGAUAUUGACCAUUUCAUUUCUUUUUCUUAACUUUUUGGCUGCUACGCAAGAUAUUGCUGUAGAUGGGUGGGCACUUACAAUGUUAAAAAGGUGCAAUGUUGGUCAUGCAUCGACUUGCAAUACUGUAGGCCAAACUGCUGGAUUUUUCCUUGGCUAUGUUUUGUUUCUAGCUCUUGAAUCCCCAUACUUUUGCAACAAAUAUAUAAGGACAGUACCUGAAGACACUGGAUUGGUUACUUUGUCUAGUUUUCUAUUAUUUUGGGGCUGGGUGUUCAUUGUAACUACUACCAUUGUAGCUGUUUUCAAGCAUGAGGCAAAUGACAGUGCUAACAUAAAAGGAAGUCAAGUGACAGGAAUUAAAGACAUUGUAAAUGCUUAUAAACAGUUAUUUACAAUUGUUAAGUUGCCAGCAGUAAAGACAUUGGCUUUAGUACUAUUCACAGCAAAGUUGGGUUUCUGUGCAAGCGAUGCUGUGUCUGGGCUAAAGUUAGUUGAGGCUGGAGUGCCAAGAGAAGACUUAGCACUUCUGGCAGUUCCUUUAGUCCCAGUUCAAAUAAUAAUGCCAGUGAUCCUCUCAAAGUACACUACUGGCCCCACACCGUUAUCGCUGUGGCUACGUGCUUUCCCACUGCGUCUACUUGUUGGUCCAUUAGCAGCUGUACUUGUUGCUGUGACACCCAGUUUAUUAGGAAAUGCUGGACCUUCAUAUUUUUAUCUCUUUAUUCUGAUGUGUCUUUAUGUUUUCCACCAGACAUGUCUUUACUGUAUGUUUGUCGCAGUAAUGGCCUUCUUUGCUAAAGUGUCAGACCCUUCUGUUGGUGGAACGUAUAUGACACUUCUAAAUACAGUAUCCAACUUGGGUACUAAUUGGCCUAAUACUCUUGCAUUGUGGGCCAUUGACCAUUUGACUUACAAGAAGUGUUCUUUGACAAACCUAAGUGACAACACAUGUGCAACAGCAUUAGAAACAGAACUAUGCAAGAACAGUGGCGGCACGUGUGACGUACGAAUAGAUGGCUUCUACAUAGAGACAAUUAUAUGUUUGAUAGCCGGUUUCCUUUGGUUGCAAUGGGGUCGGACCACUAUCAAUCGUCUACAGAGGCUUCCAGCAUCAGCCUGGCAAAUAGGCAGGCUCGGCAGAUAA